AUGGCAUCUAUUCACAAGUCUCCAAUAAAGUGUGAAGAGUCAUACAAUGGUGGUAACACAGAUUCAUGUAACAAAACAGCAGGAGAAGAAAGCUUAUGCUUGACCAACCAAAACUCCAACUGGAAGCAGUUUAUGAAUGAGUGUUUAAAUGAGGGAGAUAUUUCCAGAUAUUCCAAAGAAUGUCAUGAUCAUCUGGUGUCUGAACAAAUAAGAAUUGAAGAAGGAAACCACCGUGUUUUCAUUAAUAUAGCUGGACUAAGAUAUGAGACACAGCUUAAAACACUUAAUGAGUUCCCGGAGACACUCCUUGGAGAUCCUCAGAAAAGAAUUCAUUAUUUUGAUUCUAUGAGAAAUGAAUAUUUUUUUGACAGAAAUCGCCCAAGCUUUGACGGAAUACUAUACUAUUACCAAUCUGGAGGAAAAAUUCGACGCCCUGCAAAUGUCCCAAUAGAUGUGUUUGCCGAUGAAAUUGUGUUCUAUGAGCUUGGAAAUGAAGCUUUAGAUCAGUUUCGAGAUGAUGAAGGUUUUCUAAAGGAUCCAGAGAUACCUUUACCAACUAAUGACUAUCAUAGACAGUUCUGGUUGCUCUUUGAAUACCCCGAAAGUUCUAGUGCUGCAAGAGGAAUGGCACUGGUUUCAGUUUUGGUUAUUGUCAUUUCCAUACUUAUCUUCUGUUUGGAAACGUUGCCAGAAUUUAGAGAAGAUAGAGAUUUUACCAUUUUCAAAAAUUCUGGCAAUUACUCAGAAGGUGUGACAUACCUGCACACCUUUACAGAUCCAUUCUUUCUAAUAGAGACCACUUGCAUAAUAUGGUUUUCAUUUGAACUUGUGGUUAGGUUUGUGGUCUGUCCAAGUUCCUCAGAGUUCUUCCAGAACAUAAUGAAUAUAAUUGACAUUGUGUCUAUCAUUCCCUAUUUUGUAACACUUAUCACUGAACUGGUGAAGCAAACAGAGCCCAAUGUGCAACAAAACAUGUCAUUAGCCAUUUUGAGGAUUGUGCGGCUUGUUAGGGUAUUUCGGAUUUUUAAGUUGUCAAGGCAUUCAAAGGGACUUCAGAUUUUAGGACAAACCCUGAAGGCAAGCAUGAGAGAGCUUGGCUUGUUAAUAUUCUUUCUCUUCAUUGGCGUAAUUUUAUUUUCUAGUGCUGUAUAUUUUGCAGAAGUUGAUGAGCCUAGCUCUCAGUUCAUCAGCAUCCCAGAUGGUUUUUGGUGGGCUGUAGUGACUAUGACAACUGUUGGUUAUGGAGAUAUGUGCCCUAUUACGUUGGGAGGUAAAGUGGUAGGCUCACUUUGUGCUAUUGCUGGAGUUUUGACUAUUGCUCUCCCAGUUCCAGUCAUCGUAUCAAACUUUAACUAUUUCUAUCACAGGGAAACAGAGAAUGAAGAACGGCAAUCUUUACCAAUGGAAAAGGAGAAAAUUAGCAUAAAUAAUUUAACAAGAUCUGGAAGCACAACUUCUCUAAAGAAAAAUAAUGGUUCAUGUAUCCCCGAUAAAAAUGGAAAAACGUAA